AUUUUGCAUUACUUUUUUAAUGUAAAAAUUCAUUUAAUUAAAGUUUACAUUUAUAAUUAUACAUGAUAUAUAAUUAUGUGAUUAAUACUAUAAAGAAAUGAAAUGAAAUAUUCACAAUAAUGACUUAACAAUGAUAUUUAUUCUCCAUUUAAAUAUGUCUUACUUCUUAAAAUUUAUUUAAGUGACUGAAUCUUUUUAGUAAUUAACUAUGAAGGAAUUGGAUGAACCAACUAUUGCAUCAAUUUUAUCUUCAUCCUUUCCACCAUGUUCACCUCAUGAAAUAGCAGUACGACCUGGAGACUGUGUUGAAGGCAGAGUUGAAAAAUGGUUGGAAGAUGAAGCAUUUUCAGGAUUUCGAGUUUGGCAACUUGCUGGCAUAAUACUUUCUAUUUUACUUAGUGUAUUGAUUGGACUUUGUUGUUGUAUUCGAUUUAGAGUGCCACGAACUAAACAAGAAAUAGAAGCUGAUUAUAUUCGAAAAAAAAUAACAGAGAGUUUCAGACAAGAAUUAUCUAAAAUCAGUAAUACGGAAAUGGAUGAUAUGGACUUGAAGAAAGUUAGUUUAAAUACACAUAUUUGUUCUUUAUUAGCAUUAAGCAAAAUUCAAAAUAAAUUUGAUAUGGAAGUACAAGAGGUACAAAAGGAUCAUCAAGAAGCAACAUAUAAGAAUAUACAACAUGGAUUACGAUCAAGAUUCAAUGCAAUGUUCAGUGGAAUUCAUUUUACUAAACAAGAACAUCCUAAUGUUGACAGCAUAAUUUAAUGAAUUUACAAAUAAAUGCGUCAUUAUAGAACAUUGAUAUUAAAUACUAUAUCUACAAUUAUGAUUAAUUUUUUGAAACAAUAAUAUUGUUAGUAUUAUUAAAUUUUCAGUUAAAAUUUGUAAUAAUUAAUUAAAUUACGUAUUCAUUGUAAUAAUAUUAAAUGAAAUAAAUUCUAUACAGCGUUAA